AUGAUGGUGGACAUCUAUGAAAGUUCAGAUUCUGUAAGAAAUCAUGAGAGACUGCAAGAGCUUCAACACACAGGCAAAUCUAAAGGCUCAACCAGAGAGAGAGAGAGAGACAGAGCGAUUGAGAAACAAAACAACAACAGAGAAGCACUGAGUCUGUUGAGUCUGCAUGGAUACCAGCCUUCUAUCAGUCCAUUCAUGAGGAUUUGCUGGCCAGUAUGCAUUGAGAUCACAUCUCUUUACAGACACACAGACGUACUGCGUGCAGAGAAGCCUGGAAAACUUCAGCACAAGAUCUCUGAGGACCUCCAGCAAAUGUCAGAAUCUGAGAUCCAGCCGGUCGCCUCCACAGUGGAGAAAGAGGGACACUGUCCAGAAGAACUGUCAAUCAAACAGGUGGGCAGAAAGCUGCAGGUCAGUGGAAAGACAGAGAAGAAGCAGGAGGAUGGGGAAGGCUGUUACUCUUACAGAAUCCAAGAGUUCAGACGUCUGUUUGAUCUGCCUGAAGGAGUGAAUCCUGAGACAGUGAGCUACUUCAUGACUGAUGGAAAGCUUUACAUACAGACAUCUGAAGCACCUGAGAGGAUGAAGACCAUUGACUGCAGUGUGAACACAGCACAGACAGAGACUGAAAACACUCAAAAUAACACCACUGAAACACACAAGACUGAUCAGUCUUCUGAAAAACUCUGAGGAGAAGAUCAACUGAACAGAUUUGAACUGUGAUUACGUGACAUACUUUUAGCUUUAUAAUAAUUAAUUCAUGUUUACUUCAAAAUCAUUUUUGUACUCUUUAAAAAUAUGUAAAUGAUAAACAAACAUUUUUUUACAGUUACUGUAAUUGUUGCAAAAUAAAACUGCCUAA